CCCUGCAGCGACGGGGCUCUGAUAGGUCCGAAGGAUUAAUGGGACUGGCCUGCAGUGCAGGAGCAUCCCUGUCUAUAAAGCAUCUGCGCUCACGGCGACAAACAAGCCAGAAACGCGCCGACGCACCGUUGCGCUUGUUCCGGAUCACAAAGUUCAGGCGGGACCAUGAUUCUGUCCGGUGAAUCCAGAGGGCCUCACCAAACCGGACUGUCUGUGGAAGAGGAUGAGAUCGAUAUAGUGGGCGAUGAAGAGCCUGCCCACCCGAUGGUGUUCAGAAACGAGUGCUCCACGGACGCCGGGUCCUCGGCAGAGUCCGGUGCCGAGUUUGACUCCUCCGAGCCCGACUCCUCUGGGGAAAGCGAGAGCAGCUUCUGCGCGGACGCUCCGACGCCCCGGAAGGCUCAGGGCAGCUCGGUGAAGCCCCCCUACUCCUACAUCGCCCUCAUCACCAUGGCCAUCCUGCAGAGCCCGCUGAAGAAGCUGACGCUGAGCGGCAUCUGCGACUUCAUCAGCAACAAGUUCCCCUACUACCGAGAGAAGUUCCCCGCUUGGCAGAACUCCAUCAGGCACAACCUCUCCCUCAACGACUGCUUCGUCAAGAUCCCGCGGGAGCCCGGGAACCCCGGGAAGGGCAACUACUGGUCUCUGGACCCCGCGUCCGAGGACAUGUUUGACAACGGCAGCUUCCUGCGCAGAAGAAAGCGAUUCAAGAGGAACCAGCCCGAAUUCGGCAGAGACGGGUUGUUUUACUCCGGCCUGAGCAGCUACAGGCCGUACGGACAGCCGUAUAACGCGCAGCGGCAGGUAAACCUCAUGCCCGCUACCCCUGUUCGGUACGUUCCCCUGCAGGACGGCACCAUGGUGGCCCCCUCUCCCUACCACCUGUUACCGCACGCUCUGAACGCUCACGGCAAACGCGGCGGGCCCAAGGACUCCAGAGGCCAGCCGUGCGUAACGGAGCCAAAGUCUGGCGCGCAUGCGAAGUGCUCAUUCAGCAUUGAGAGCAUCAUGAGCAGACCGUCUCCCAUCAGUCCACAAAACCCACAUCCACCCCACUCUCCUCACGGCGGCCUUGAAUUUGGUCACCUGAUGUCAAACCCAGCCUCCCUUUUGAUACCAGCGCUCCUGCAGCCUUUAAAGACUCCUCUGUGUCCUCCUGCGAUGCUGAGCACCGUUCCUUUACUUAAUGAGCAUCUCACACUCUCUUACCCUCGAUGCUGAGGCUGCCUGGGACACUUUACAGUCUGUUGUUUUUUUGUCUGUUUCUUAAAGAAAUACUAUGAUUGCAUGAUAUUUAUGUGCGUUACCUGUGUCUUUAAAGGGGGGCAAUGUAAAUAAGAUGAGUGGUAAUAUAUCUGGGACAUUGAAUGGGGAAACCAAAAGCUAUUUUUUGUUUGUUUUUCUAUUAGCUAGGGUAUUAAAAUAAAUGCUUGA